AGGGAUGAAGAAAACAGCGGACGGUCACGCGUGUCCAGCAUGCGCACAUACAGCUCUGCGCAUCUCAUCUCAUCAUGACCGGGGCUCACCUCAACUAGCGUCUGUCCUUGAAUUGUACAGUUCUUGGAUUUGUGGACUACUGGGACUAAUAUAUAUAUUUUAACAACUUCUUUGUUUAGCUGUAUAAAAGUUGAAGAGAACAGCUUUUGGACUGUUGUUUGACUGAUUUCUUAAAUGCAUAAUUUGUUGAAAGUCCUAAGAAGGAAGCAAUAACACGAAAACCAGCAGAAACAACAUAACAAAGCUAAUUUAUUCAAGGAUCCGCGCAUUGACUAAAAGGAAAUAAACAUGUCCAGCAGAAGCAUCGAGUGGGAGCAUUUCGAGGAGCGCGAGAAGAGUCACCGGUCCCCGCGGGGCAGUGGCGGUUCUCAUUCCGGCUCGCGGGGUAACGGACUCGUGCCCAGUCCCGCUCACAGUGCGCACUGUAGUUUCUACCGCACACGCACACUGCAGUCGCUCACCUCCGAGAAGAAAGCGAAAAAAGUUCGCUUCUAUCGGAACGGUGAUAAGUACUUCAAUGGCUUGGUGUACGCGGUGUCCGGUGACCGCUUCAGAUCUUUCGACGCGCUGCUGAUGGAGCUCACCCGCUCCCUCUCGGACAAUGUGAAUUUACCGCAAGGAGUCCGGAACAUCUAUGCUAUGGAAGGAGGGAAGAAGAUCACCAGCCUGGAUGAGUUACUAGAAGGUGAAAGCUAUGUGUGUGCUUCCAGUGAACCCUACCGUAAAGUGGACUACACCAAGAACAUCAAUCCCAACUGGUCAGUCAAUGUGAAGUCGGGCACAUCCCGCUCGUUGCCAUCACUUAUCACCUCGAAGAACGAGCUACGAGAACGAGAGAGCAAAGAUUUCAUCAAACCCAAGUUGGUGACGGUCAUCAGGGGUGGUGUCAAACCCCGUAAAGCUGUCCGGAUCCUCUUGAAUAAGAAGACUGCGCACUCUUUUGAGCAAGUGCUCACAGACAUCACUGACGCCAUUAAACUGGAUUCUGGCGCUGUGAAAAGACUUUAUACUCUGGAGGGCAAACAAAUUACAUGUUUGGAAGACUUUUUCGGGGACGAUGACGUAUUCAUCGCGUGCGGCCCUGAGAAGUACCGUUAUGCACAGGACGAUUUUGUGUUGGAUCACAGUGGUAAGGCUUCCACAGCCUUUAUAACCGAAUGUCAGGUCCUCAAGUCGUCCUAUUCUCCUCGUUCUGCUCCCCCUGUGAGAUACUCUGGUAGUAAAAGUCCAGGACCCACCCGCCGCAGCAAAUCCCCUGGAUCUGUGAGAAGAACAGCAGGACACUUCUCUGCAAAUAGUCAGUCUCCAGUGAAAUCACCAAUAAAUGGAGUGCCGAACAGCCAAAUCACUACCCCCAAAUCUGCAAAAUCCUCCAGUUCCUCCCCGACCAGCCCCCGCAGCAUGCGCAACUUCAAGUUUAGUUGCAACAAGCGGAUGGGAGUCCCCCUCUGUCUCUCUGUACAGAUUCCAGCACAUCACUCCUCUGCAACCAAUGUGAACGGCUCCUCUGAGACUCCCCAACAACAUAACAACAGUAUGAGCCCUGAAGUUAAUGGAAACAGGAACCUUGCUGCUUCCACUAUUUUGGACAAGUUCAAAAUUGGCAAAGUCAUAGGUGACGGGAACUUUGCUGUGGUAAAGGAGUGUGUCGAACGAUCCACUGGAAAGGAGUUUGCACUGAAGAUCAUCGAUAAAAACAAAUGCAGAGGCAAAGAGCACCUGAUCGAGAGUGAGGUGGCAGUGUUGAGACGUGUUAAGCAUCCUAAUAUCAUCAUGCUGAUUGAGGAGGUGGAUACGCCCACUGAGCUCUAUCUAGUCAUGGAACUUGUGAAGGGUGGAGAUCUGUUUGAUGCAAUCACCUCCUCGACAAAAUACACUGAAAGAGAUGCUAGAUUAAUGGUAUUCAACCUGGCGGCGGCUCUCAAAUAUCUGCACAGAAUGUGUAUCGUCCAUCGAGACAUCAAACCUGAGAAUCUGCUGGUGUGUGAGUACCCUAAUGGUAUAAAGUCAUUAAAGUUGGGUGAUUUUGGCUUAGCCACAGUGGUUGAAGGGCCGCUUUACACUGUUUGUGGAACACCUACUUAUGUUGCCCCAGAAAUCAUAACAGAGUCAGGAUAUGGGCUAAAAGUGGACAUCUGGGCAGCUGGAGUAAUUACCUACAUCCUCCUAUGUGGCUUUCCACCUUUCCGCAGUGAGAAUAACCUCCAGGAGGACCUUUUUGAUCAGAUUCUAGUGGGGCGUUUAGAGUUCCCAUCACCCUUCUGGGACAAUAUCACAGAUUCUGCUAAAGAGUUGAUUGGUCACAUGCUGCAGGUGAAUGUGGAGGCCAGAUACACAGCGGAGGAUGUUCUGUCUCACCCCUGGGUCACGGUAAAUGAGGAUUCUGCAAUGGAAAACAAUAUGAAGAUGGAGGUAGCAGGUAAACUCAAAAAGCACUUUAACUCUGUGCAGAAACAGAGCAACAUUUCCCCUGGAGUCUCUGUUAUUGUGAACACAGCUCUAGAUAAGGAAACCAUCCAGCUUUCUUGUCGGCGUCAGGACCGCAGCCCCCCUCCUCCAGGAAAGAGCCCUUCCUCCACCCACCCAGAGAGACGACACUCCCAUAGGGGACGCUCAUCUGUCCAAUCGGAGGACUCUAGGAGUGCUGCUCCCAUUGAGCCUUUAGCCUCAACAACCCCCAAUGCACCAUCAGAACCUCUGCCCUCCCCUCACUCUGCCCAACCUCCCCACUUCCCAGAAUGCAGUGCUGAGGCUGAGGUCAGCAAGGGCCUGCAGAAGAAAGAAUAAUACUACUUAGGGAAACAAUAUGGAGACAAUUUCAAAUAUAAAUGCAUAAAUACAUAUAUAGCAACUCUGCGAAUCUUUGAAACUCCAAACUAGCUAAAAGGCUAGAAUACACUACAUGACUUUUGCCCCGAUUUGUACAGUCUGGACGAGUACAUUGUCCAAAGUAAGAGCCAGUCUGCAGAUUUCACAAAACAAAUUGUGUAUGUUGAGCAGCACAGACUUCAAUGUCUUUAGUUACAGAUUAUGAUUCCACCAGUUAAGAGAAUAUCAAACGUUGAUAUUUGAGACGAUUAUAGAACACAUAUAUUUGUGUGUCUCCUUGCAAUGAGGUGAGUUUGUUCUGAGUGAGUUUCUUGUGUUUGGAAAGGCUUGAAAGCAGAGUUGCCAGGUCUGCGAAACAAAACUAUACCAGUGAUUAAUCAAAAAUGGGCCAAAACUAGCCCAAUAACCCUAUAUCAAAACUUAAAAUAUGCCGAAAAUACAUUUUUUUACAGUUACUGUUCUGCGAUAUACACAAUUUCAACUUGAAAGUCACCAU